UGACAGCAAAAGCCAGCUUGGAGCUGUCAAAAAUUACAUCGCAAAAAUCGCAAUCACAUCAACAUUUUCUGGUCUCGUCCACAAAAAUAAUGAAGAUAUCGCACGAAUCAUGUCGAUUGCGACAUCGUUGCUGAUUGCCGUCGCUCACACACUGUAGAAACAGUGCCGCCACCGCCCGUGCGCCCGCCGAAAUGUAUUGUUUGCAAUGGCUGAUUCCCGUGCUCCUAAUCCCGAAGCCCGUGAACCCGGCGUUAGUAAACACACACGUGAUGUUUAUGGUACUGUACCUAAUAGGAUUUUUUCUCGAGAGGAAGCCGUGUACAGUGUGCAGUGUUGUCUUCCUGGCCGCCGUGAUACUGAUCUGCUACAGCGGAAUCGGCAACUGUUUAUUUUGGGCAACUCAGUGUGAGAGCGAAAAAUACGAGACCUAACCGUGCUCACGAACCUUCCAGAGUUACCAAAAUGCUCAAAGUUCAAACAAGUGUUCCUGACACGCAUCGAAGGCGGGAGAUGCGAGGACGCUGCGGCUCUUCCAUGCCACAGAAAAAAAAAAUUUCCAAAACUUUUGUAUAUUUUUGUAAAUAAAAUGUAAAUUGUUUUAAUUUACAUUUAAUGUUGUUGUGUAAAGUAUGGCAGUGUCCGUGUGAAGUAAUGUGCCGAUCUGUACUUACGUCUCAGUUGUUAUGUUGAUCAUUGAAUUGAAUGAUGAUUAUUAAAAUGUACAGUUAUUGUUAGUGACUAUUUACUAAUUUAAACGAAAUACAAUUUGGGAAUAUUCA